CUGAAUGUUACAGGUGAAUGAAUCUGCUGAACUCGUUCUAGUUCAUAUGGGUUACAUGUUGAACACUACAUUAUGGAAAAAUGGCCCUUUGAUUUAGGUUCAUCCCUAAAUUCAGGUGUCGCUCAAAGUUUUGUGGUUUAAAUCUACAAAAUAAAACACAGGUUAAAAAAUAAUGCUUUUAAACUGAAGGCAUAUUUAACAGGAUUAUAACUAUGAAACAUUUUAAUUUAACAAUUGCAGUGUAUUUUGCACCAUGUUGCAAAGUUAACUAGAGGAAUCUCACAAAAAUAUCUACGUCUAUAUCUAGAAAAUCAAGGACCAUUUAUUAUUUUCCAUUUACAGGAUGUAUGUCCUUGAAAUAACAGAUCUGGUUGCAUAAUUCAAACUUGUGUAACUCAUAUUUCAUCAUUCUGUAUCUGCUUCACAGCCUUAAUGAGAGACAGGGAACGAGUAGGUGGGCCCUCUGAGAAUUAUGGGAAGACAGGAAGUCAUGGAUGAGUAGUUCCUGUGCUGACAGGAUGGAGGCAUCAAAGUGAAGCAUCAGACAGCUGGAAAAGUGAAAAGAAAAUGAAGUGAAGUCCUGUCAUUGCCGAGGCUUAAAUGGUUCAUACAGUGGGACAAAGAAAGAAGAAAGCACAGGAGAGAUUAUAUAAUGUGUGGCCUACUUCUGGAGGUCCAGUCACUCUUUGUACCUGCUCAAUCCCUCCUGCUCUCAUUCUCUUAUCCCAUCAGCAGAGAGAUGCUGGCGUGCAGAGGCUCAGCUGUCACUUUUCAUGGCCUGAGUUCUGUGAUGAACGGCGCUGCUUCCAUCAGGAGUUUGUGUAUGACAUCGCUAUGUUUGCCGCCGCCUGUGGCUUGCCCUGGCCUGCUGUAAUCCAGACAGCUGUAAUUGCCAAAUGCAUCUUCCCACAGCUGGAUGGUCUGGACAUACCCAAACUACUGUCCUUGCUGAGAGAUGCGCUGUCUGAGUUUUUACCAAACCUCACCCUUGUGCACCAACACAAGUUCACCCAGUUCCUCACAGACACCUGCUCCACACGAUGGAGGCUUUUUCAGGCGGUGGUGGGUGGAGCUACAACCAUGUCCAUCACUCAGCUACACUUGGAGGUGCAGUUGCCGCCUACGCCAUGCCCUCUCCCACAGGGCACAGAGGUGCAUGAGUGGGAGCGUCAGCGCCAGCAAACCCAGCUCACCUCUACCUUGCGACAGAAGGAGGAGGAGCUGAGAAGUCUCAGAGAUGGGUCAAGGGUCACUCUGGGGGAUAUUCCUGAGGAUGUGCAACUGGACAAAGAGAGUGUGUUGGAGCUGGUUCGUGGAGCUCUGAGGGCCACUGAAGGCCAGAUGCUGGUGAGUCUGAAUCAAGAGGCCUCCCUGCUCAGUGACAUCCUGCAGCUCAAACUGCAGCAGGCAGCUUUGGCCACCGGGAGGCUCCACAAUCCUGUUACUUCCAGUACAGGUCACAUCAGUGGAUGUUCAGUCACACCAGUAAAGGGAAAAAAUACAAACAGCAAAAAGUAAAACACGUGAAGUCUGGAAAUGCACCGUGACGACAAGAGCUCAGUGAAUAAAACUGAUUGGAGGAAAACUUAAA